UAUCAGUUGCGCAGAAGGCGAAGCGGGAAUCAGACGCGGAGAGAGAGAAAGAGGGAGAGAGAGAGAAAGAGAGAGAGGGAUUUACAGACGGGACACGGACAGCUGAAAGAAAAAGUGGAGGAUAAAGUCCAGCAGAGGUGAGCAUGCCAUAACCUUGAGGACCACCAUCAGCUGAAGAAACCUCAAAUCAUCGUGAUUAUCUUCUGUCCACUGGGACUCCCACCAUUUCUCUCUAUUCACCCAUCCAUCAUCCAUCCCCCUUUAUCCCUCCUUCCCUUUCCUCCUCUCUCGUAGACCCCUUCCUCUCCCACCUCGUGGUCAUCAUCAUUUUUCACUCCUAGUUUUGCUAGACCUUAGCACAGGAGGGAUGUCCAUCGCCCUCAAGCAAGUCUUCAACAAGGACAAGACGUUCCGGCCCAAGCGGAAGUUUGAGCCGGGUACGCAGCGCUUCGAGCUGCACAAGAAGGCUCAGGCGUCGCUGCACUCGGGCGUAGACCUGCGGGCGGCCGUGCAGCUGCCGCCGGGCGAGGACCUGAACGACUGGGUGGCCGUGCACGUGGUGGACUUCUUCAACCGCAUCAACCUCAUCUACGGCACCGUGUGCGAGUUCUGCACGGAGAAGAGCUGCCCGGUGAUGUCCGGAGGGCCGCGCUACGAGUACCGCUGGCAAGACGAGCACAAGUACAAAAAGCCCACGGCGCUGCCCGCCCCGCAGUACAUGAACCUGCUGAUGGACUGGAUCGAAGUGCAGAUCAACAACGAGGACAUCUUCCCCACCAGCAUAGGAAUCCCCUUCCCUAAGAACUUCAUUCAGAUCUGUAAGAAAAUCCUAUGUCGGCUCUUCCGGGUCUUCGUACACGUCUACAUCCACCACUUCGACCGCAUCAUCGUGAUGGGCGCCGAGGCUCAUGUGAACACCUGCUACAAGCACUUUUACUACUUCUGCACUGAGCUCAACCUCAUAGACCGCAAAGAGCUGGAGCCACUGAAGGAGAUGACAUCACGGAUGUGUCAUUGAUGGGCGCGUUGGCUCGGCGCGUAUUGGACAGUAAUGGACCUCGGAGACUUCUCUGCGGAGAAUGAGAUCCAGUUUGUUGCAGGUGGCUGUGGAGGUCCAGGCAGCGACAGGAAAGACUGUUUAACCAGAGGACAUUAGUUCAUUGUUGGAAACCUGCUGAUGAACCAUGACUUAACGAGAGGAAGCGUAAAAGUAGCCUGAGCACACGCCUCCUCACCAAAACCACUGAUGGAGCAUGCUACUGUUCACUAAUGUUCCCUCAGCACAACAGCACCAUCUGGUGGUGGAAACUCACACACCUUGUGCUACUGAAUUAGCCCACAAGGGGGCGAUCUAACCCAGAAAAACAGUCCAAGGGGUUCAGGAUUCUGCCCUGUUUGAGAAGUCAGAUACUAUGCAACAUAAAGGGUGGGGAUAGUUAUAUUUCAUCUGAAGUAAUACUUUUAGGCUACUUAUUGUUUAAGGAUUUGUUUUUAAUUCCUAAUUUUACUGCAACAACAUUGUGGAGAAAUGAAUUAACCCCCUUUUUUGACACAAAGCUUCGAGAGUAAUGGUGUACGUGUGCUUAACCUUAAUGAUUUACGAAUUUGUGGUGUUUGGAAACUGCCAAAUACUAGGUUUUGUUCCUAAACUGAUUCCUAAGCUACCCAUAGAGCUGAGUUCUAAAUGUAAAGUGGAAUGUUUUUUAGUGACUUUGUGAUUCCACAUGUGGUUGAAUUUGCAGUGAUUUGGUCUAUAGAGAUGAUUACAAUGAUAAUGGAUGAUAUUAAGUGUUAGGAUCGAGCUCUUACAGGGUGGUUCUACUGUUUUAUUUUUUAUUACAAAGCAAAUAGAAAUGCAGGGUUUAUGAGUCCGUACUGAAAUCUGUUGGGUGUUAGAAACUACUACAUAAAACUAUACGCUUUACACUUUGCUGAAAUUCCACUGCAGUGCAUUUUCGUCAGUUUAAAAUGCAGUAUUUGUGUGUGUGUGUGUGUGUGUGUGUGUGAGAGAGAGAGAGAGAGAGAGAGAGAGUCACACAAACUGUAAUGGGUGCGUUCAAAACCACUCUCAUUGUGUUAGACAGGUGCGCACAUUUAUAUACUCACUGCAAAAAACAGUGACUUGUCAAGAUCUUAAAUAUAGUUAAGUGACCCUUAUUAGUCCCACAGUGGGGAAAUUCCACCUCAGCAUUUAACCCAUCCGUACAGUGAAACACCACAUACACACUAGUGAACACACACUAGGGGGCAGUGAGCACACUUGCCCAGAGCGAUGGGCAGCCCUAUCCACAGCACCUGGGGAGCAGCUGGGGGUUAAAUGCCUUGCUCAAGGGCACUUUGUUGGCCCAAGGGAUCAAACUGGUGACCUUCUGGUCACAGGGCUGGUUCCCUAACCUCCAGCCCACGACUGCCCCCAAUAGUCUAUUAAAAAAGAUUAUUGUAAGCCCAUUUUAAGAUUGCGUAACUUAUUUCUAUACAUUUUUUACAUUUUUUUUACAUUAAGUAAUUUUAUCAAGUAAAAUUAUCUCACGAUACUAGCAGAUCAUUUUGCUUGUUUUAAGAAAUG